AUUUUGAUUGGUGUUGGGUUUGUCAGAGAAGCUCGGGAGCGCUAGGUCGGCGUUGCGGUGACUGAACCCAGAAGGCGGAGAGCAGUUGUCCUCCGCUGCACAGAGGCGACUCUGGAGCUCUGUGACAGCGCCCAGCGUGACCCACUCCUGGGCCAGGAUAGGGACCGUCGUUCCCAUAUCUCCUGGCUGGUCGCCCUCUCCUCCCGACGCUGCUUAAAACCACGUGGUUCGAUGGCUGCGGCGGCCACGCUGAGGCUCUCCGCUCAGGGCACAGUGACUUUUGAAGACGUGGCUGUGAACUUUACCUGGGAGGAAUGGAAUCUCCUUAGUGAGGCUCAGAGAUGCCUGUACCGUGAUGUGACCCUGGAGAACCUGGCACUUAUAUCCUCCCUGGGUUGUUGGUGUGGAGUGGAAGAUGAGGCGGCACCUUCUAAGCAGAAUAUUUAUAUACAAAGAGAGACUCAGGUCAGGACUCCUAUGGCAGGUGUGUCUCCCAAGAAGGCCCCCCACUGUGAGAUGUGUGGCCCCAUCUUGGGAGACAUUUUGCAUGUGGCAGAUCAUCAGGGAACACAUCACAAGCAGAAACUGCACAGGUGUGAGUCCUGGGGGAAUAAAUUGUAUGACAGUGGAAACUUUCAUCAGCCCCAGAAUGAGUACAUUGGUGAGAAGCCCUACAGAGGCAGUGUUGAGGAGGCAUUGUUUGUGAAGAGGUGUAAGUUCCAUGUGUCAGGGGAGUCAUCUGUCUUCAGUCAGAGUGGGAAGGACUUUUUGCCCAGGUCAGGAUUACUCCAGCAGGAGGCCAGUCACACUGGGGAGAAGUCAAAGAGCAAAACUGAGUGUGUGUCUCCCAUUCAGUGGGGGGGAGCUCACUAUAGCCGUGGAGAAUCCAUGAAACAUUUUAGCACCAAACAUAUCCUCAGUCAGCACCAGAGACUUCUCCCUAGAGAAGAAUGUUAUGUGUGCUGUGAAUGUGGGAAAUCCUUUAGCAAAUAUGUUAGCUUCAGUAAUCAUCAGAGAGUUCACACUGUGAAAAGACCUUAUGAAUGUGGAGAAUGUGGGAAAUCCUUUAGCAAAUAUGCUAGCUUCAGUAAUCAUCAGAGAGUUCACACUGAAAAAAAACAUUAUGAAUGUGGUGAAUGUGGGAAAUCCUUUAGCAAAUAUGAUAGCUUGAGUAAUCAUCAGAGAGUUCACACUGACAAAAAACAUGAAUGUGGAGAAUGUGGGAAAUCCUUUAGUCAAAAGAGCAGCCUCAUUCAACAUCAGCGAUUUCACACUGGAGAAAAGCCUUAUGGGUGUGAAGAAUGUGGGAAAUAUUUUAGUUCAGAAGGACAUCUUAGGAGCCAUCAACGAGUUCACACCGGAGAAAGACCUUACAAGUGUGGAGAAUGUGUGAAGUCUUUCAGUCAUAAGCGCAGCCUUGUUCACCAUCAGCGAGUUCACAGUGGAGAAAGACUUUAUCAGUGUGGAGAAUGUGGGAAAUCUUUCAGUCAAAAGGGCAACCUCGUUCUACACCAGCGAGUUCACACUGGAGCAAGACCUUAUGAGUGUGGAGAAUGUGGGAAAUCAUUUAGUUCAAAAGGACAUCUUAGGAACCAUCAGCACAUUCACACUGGAGACAGACUUUAUGAGUGUGGAGAGUGUGGGAAAUCUUUUAGUCAUAAGGGCACCCUCAUUCUACAUCAGCGAGUUCACCCUAGAGAAAGAUCUUAUGGGUGUGGAGAAUGUGGGAAAUCUUUUAGUUCAAUCGGGCACCUUAGGAGCCAUCAGCGCGUUCAUACUGGAGAAAGGCCUUAUGAGUGUGGAGAAUGUGGGAAAUCUUUUAGUCAUAAGCGCAGCCUUGUUCACCAUCAGCGCAUGCACACUGGAGAAAGACCUUACAAGUGUGGAGACUGUGGGAAAUCUUUUAAUGAAAAAGGACACCUUAGGAAUCAUCAGCGAGUUCACACUACAGAAAGACCUUUUAAGUGUGGGGAAUGUGGGAAAUGUUUUAGUCACAGGGGUAACCUCAUUCUACACCAGCAUGGCCAUACUGGAGAAGAGCCUUAUGUGUGUAGGGAAUGUGGAAAAGUAUUUAAGCAGAAGUCUCACCUCCUUGUACACCAGAGAAUUCACACUGGAGAAAAGCCAUAUGCUUGUGAAGCUUGUCAGAAAUUUUUUAGAAACAAGUACCAACUCAUUGCACAUCAGAGAGUUCACACUGGAGAAAGGCCUUAUGAAUGCAAUGAUUGUGGAAAAUCAUUUACCCACAGCUCUACAUUCUGUGUUCAUAAGCGAAUUCACACUGGAGAAAAGCCUUAUGAGUGCAGUGAAUGUGGAAAAUCUUUUGCUGAAAGCUCCAGUUUCACUAAACACAAGAGAGUUCACACUGGAGAAAAGCCUUAUGAGUGCAGUGAAUGUGGAAAAUGUUUUGCUGAAAGCUCCAGUCUCACUAAACACAAGAGAGUUCACACUGGAGAAAAGCCUCAUAAAUGUGAGAAAUGUGGGAAAUUAUUUAAUAAGGAGUCUCGCCUCCUUGUACACCAGAGUUCACACUGGAGAAAAGCCAUAUGAGUGUGAGGAUUGUCAGAAAGUUUUUAGCAAGAAGGACCACCUCAUUGCACACCAGAGAGUUCACACUGGAGAAAGGCCAUAUGAAUGCAAUGAUUGUGGGAAGUCAUCUACCCACAGCUGCAUUCUGUGUUCAUAAGAGAGUUCACACUGGUCACACCACCUUAUGAGUGCAGUGAAUGUGGGAAAUCCUUUGCUGAAACUUUCAGUCUUGUUAAACACAGGAGAGUUCACACUGGAGUAAGGUCUUGUGAUUGCAGCAAAUGUGGAAAAAAAGUUACCUGAAGGUCUUCUCUCCUUGAAUAUCAGAGAGUUCAUACUAGACAAAUGAAAUACAUUUGGGCAAUUUUGUAGCCACACCUCUGUGCUCCUUCAAGGUCAGAGAGUUAACACUGGAUCAGGGCCUUACCAAUGUGACAUGUGAGAUAUUUAUGUAGAAAUCUAGCUUCAUAACACACAGGAGACUUCCCACUGCAGAAAUGCCUUUUGAAUAUAAUGAAUGCAAGAAAGCCUUCAGCCUUCUUUUUUGGAGCCUCGAACAUUGACAUGAGAAAAACACCAUAGAUGUAUAUGGAAUGUUAUUUCUUUUUCAGUGUAACCCUUUGAGGGUGCCACCUACCUAGAUUUAAUGUCAUUUAUUGAGCAUCUGCAAAAGUUCCAAGCAUGCGGCAGCUAAAGUGCAUUUUUCACUCUACCCAGGCACCUUGCUAGAUUUUUUUUGACAGGGUGUCACUGUGUCACUCAGGAUGGCGUGCAGUGGUGCGUUCACAUUUCACUGCACCCUCGAUCUCCCAGGCUUAAGUGAUUCUGUUGCCUCAAAUUCCUGAGUAGCUGAAACCAUAGGCAUGCACU